UUUUUUUUUUUUUUUUGAGAUAGAGUUUUGCUCUUGUUGCCUAGGCUGGAGUGCAGUGGCAUGAUCUUGGCUCACUGCAACCUCCGCCUCCUGGAUUCAAACAAUUCUCCUGCCUCAGCCUCCCGAGUAGCUGGGAUUACAGGCAUGCGCCACCACACCUGGCUAAUUUUGUACUUUUAGUAGUGACUGGUUUUUCUGCCUGUUGGUCAGGCUGGUCUUGAACUCCUGACCUCAGGUGAUUCACCCACCUUGGCCUCCCAAAAUGCUGGGAUUACAGGCGUGAGCCACCGUGCCUGGCCUGCUACUGGUUUUUUAAUGUUGAUUUUGUAUCCUGCAGCUUUACUGAGUUCAUGUAUCAGUUCUACCAGUUUUUUCGGUGAAGUCUUUAUGUUUUUCUAAAUAUAGGGUCAUGUCAUCUGUGAACAAAGAUAAUUUGAUUUUUUCUUUCCAAUUUGGAUGCCCUGCAUGGUUUCUGCUGCUUAUGAAAAGGACCUUAGGAUUAUGACGUAGUUGCCUUUUGCUACAUAUAUGAAGUGCUUGUUUGAGAAUUAUGAUGAUUAACUGUUAUUUUAGAAGGUAGAUUUGUGUCACUGUCAGCAGAUUAGAUUCUCAAGUCAGAGUUCAUCAGGGCCUAAUUAAAUUUUACCUUAGGCCCAGCCCAAGUUUUGAGGGCACAGUGCAUUGCAGGUACUGUCUGUAUUGGUGAUCCUGGGUGAAGACAUAUAGAAGUAGAAUGGUACAUGAAGGGUUGUGCAAGAUUAUCUAAUUCCUACUCAUUUUGAAGACAAAAGCAUUGAAACUAAGACAAUCACUAAGUUUAUUAAUAGCAGAGCCUAGAGUAGAACUGAGUCUUUAAGUUCAUUAUAUCAUAUUUAUAUCAAAAGAAGGUUCUUGGAGAAAUGGUUUCUGAGAAACUGCAAUUUAGGGAGAAGAAAUGUCUUAUGUUUGAGAACUUUGAAAAUUCAGACUUUCUAACCUUGGGUUUAUAAUAGAAAAAAAUGGUUAUGAUAUGUAACUUAAUUACCUUUUAUGUGCCAAUAAAUAUAUCUCUUCAACAUCAUUUCUAGUGUCAGCAAAGGGCUCCGUACUUUGGAUAUAUUAUACAUGUUAUUUAAUCAGUCAUUAUUGGAUAUUUAAAUUUUCGAUUCUUUUGUGUUAUUCAGAAAACAGAAACAUAGUUUUCCAAACAGCCAAUAGGAAAGAAAUGUGUAGAUUCACUAAAAAAUAUCCCAGGCUCAUCAACAUUAAUAUCAGAGUCAGAAGUGGACAGGUGAUUCCUGGGGCUGCCGGCUAAGGUCCCUUAUGAUUUCUGCUCUGGCUUUGCAGUUUUCAGCCUUUCCCAAGAGCAGCAGAAAAUGAACAAGUUCCGGAGUCUCGCUAUGUCUCACUGCAGCCUUGACUUCCCAGGUUCAUGCGAUUCUCUCAUAUCACCCUCUCAAGUAGCUGGUGUUACAGGCCUGAGCCACCACACCUACCUCCUUAAUUCUUAAUAAACAUUAAUACAUGCAAAGGGACCUGUGACAUUAAAGGAUGUUAUUGUGGAAUUCACCAAGGAGGAAUGGAAGUUACUGACCCCUGCUCAGAGGACUCUGUAUAAGGAUGUGAUGCUGGAAAACUAUAGUCACCUGGUCUCAGUGGGUUACCAUGUGAAUAAGCCAAAUGCAGUCUUCAAGUUGAAGCAAGGAAAAGAGCCAUGGAUAUUAGAAGUAGAAUUUCCACAUCGGGGCUUCCCUGGUGAGUUAGAAGAAAUUAUAUCCCAUGUUACUGAAGACCUAUGGAGCAUUCAUGAUCUAGAAGCAAGAUACCAGGAAAGCCAAGCUGGAAAUUCAAGGAAUGGAGAACUCACAAAACAUCAGAAAACUCGUACCACAGAUAAAGCCUGUGAAUGUAAGGAAUGUGGGAAGUUCUUCUGCCAGAAGUCUGCCCUCAUAGUACAUCAGCAUACUCACUCAAAGGGCAAAUCCUAUGACUGUGAUAAAUGUGGGAAAUCUUUCUCUAAAAACGAAGACCUCAUAAGACAUCAGAAAAUUCACACGAGAGAUAAAACCUAUGAGUGUAAAGAAUGUAAGAAAAUAUUUUACCACCUAUCAUCUCUCAGUAGACAUCUGAGAACCCAUGCAGGAGAGAAACCCUAUGAAUGUAAUCAGUGUGAAAAAUCCUUCUACCAGAAACCACAUCUCAUAGAACAUCAGAAAACACACACAGGGGAGAAACCUUUCGAAUGUACUGAAUGUGGGAAGUUCUUCUAUGUGAAGGCAUACCUCAUGGUACAUCAGAAAACACACACAGGGGAGAAACCCUAUGAGUGUAAGGAGUGUGGGAAAGCCUUUUCCCAGAAGUCACACCUCACAGUACAUCAGAGAAUGCACACAGGGGAGAAACCCUAUAAAUGUAAGGAAUGUGGGAAAUUCUUCUCUAGGAAUUCACACCUCAAAACUCAUCAGAGAACUCACACAGGAGAGAAACCCUAUGAAUGUAAGGAAUGUAGGAAAUGCUUCUACCAGAAGUCAGCCCUCACAGUACAUCAGCGAACUCACACAGGGGAGAAACCCUUUGAAUGUAAUAAAUGUGGGAAAACAUUUUACUAUAAAUCAGACCUCACUAAACAUCAGAGAAAACACACAGGGGAGAAGCCCUAUGAAUGCACACAAUGUGGCAAAUCUUUCGCUGUGAAUUCAGUCCUCAGAUUACAUCAAAGGACUCACACGGGAGAGAAGCCCUAUGCAUGCAAGGAAUGUGGGAAGUCCUUUUCUCAGAAGUCACAUUUUAUUAUACAUCAGAGAAAACACACAGGGGAGAAGCCCUAUGAGUGUCAGGAGUGUGGGGAAACCUUUAUCCAGAAGUCACAACUCACUGCACAUCAGAAGACACACACAAAGAAGAGGAAGGCUGAGAAGUAAGAUGAGUUGGGAAAUUCUCUUGACUGAAUUAAUCCUUCAAAACAAUCAGAUAAUUCACACAAGAGGUACACCUUAUGAAUCGCAUCAAUAGAGGGAAAUUUUCAGCUACAGUCUUUGCUCUCUCUGUGUAUCAGCAAAUACAUAGAUUCUGUACAUUUAUUUGGGAGAAAAUUUUAUCAUAUUUUAGGCUUUUCUAAAUAUUAGAUAAUAUAGAUGGCAGAAGUCAUGCAAAUUGUAAAGAGGAAGGAAACCUUUCAGAAAUCAUACUUUUGUUUUGCAACAUAGAAGUCACACAGGAGAAAAAUCCUGUAAGUAAAACAAAUGUCAAGACAUUUUCUGUCAGGGUAGCCAGCUGUAGAUAUCCAAAAGCUCACAAAUGAGAAGCUCCUUGAGUAUCUGGAAAUCUCUUUACACAAUUGGAGCUCAUGUACUAGAGAAUUCAAAGGGAUAACUGCAAAGACACUGGUAGAUAUAGAAGCCUUUAUUAAGAAUUGAUGUUUCAUUCAAUUUCAGAUCACUGGUACUUGGAUAGAUAUUUUAAAUAUUUGGAAGGUGUUCAAUGAAAAUUCAAACAAUUUGUACUGAGGGAAACAGUUAUACUAGAAAUCAUGUUGCAGAUCUGAUGCCAAGAUUGCUCUAUUUUAAAAGGAAACCUGCAAAUGUCUACAUAUAUGAAGCUUUUAAAAAGCACAAGUUAUCAGGCAACAUCAUUAAACAUACAUUAAAUGUCUGUUAGCAUAUAGGAUUUUGUGUGUAUGUGAGUGUGCUAUAACAUGUUAACUUGCGGAUGUUCAGCGUGCAUGUGGAAUCCAUCCAUAAUGGUACAUAGCGAAAUAAUAUAAUCUUAGUUCAGUAACUAUUAUGUGUAUGAAGAUGUUGCACAUUAAGUCUCAGUAGUGACUCUGGUUGUUAAUAUUUGUAUUGUAAGUGUAAUAUUCCUUUUAAAUUAUAAGGCAUCUUUUUAUCCUUUUUUUGUGUUUGUAAAUGGAUAUAGACAGUGGUAAUAACUAAUCCUUCAAAAAUAAGUUAAAAUGUUUUUGUAAAAUUUUCAAAUGUCAGCCAAGUUUUGCAUUAGGGACACAUUUAUAUAUAGCAAAAGCCUGAGCUGUUUUUAAACAGCUAAAAACAGUAGUAUUUAUUACAAUCUCCACAAUGAAAACAAAUAGUGCAAUGUAAGAAAUAUUAUGUAUCUUACUGUUGAUGUGUGAGCAGGGAGCAGAGCUAUCUGCAUUUGUAUUUUGUGUGAGAGUCCUAAAUGUUCUUCACCAACUUUUUCUUCCUCAUAGAAGCAACAUGACAUAGUUAAGGGUGUGGACUCUGGGCUCCUGCUGCCUGGGCCCCGAUUCCAGCAUGGGGCAUGCUACUUAAUAUCUCUGUGCCUCAGUUCCCAUCCCAUAAAAGAGUAGUGAUAGUGACAACAUCUUAGGAUUGCUUUGAGGUCUAAAUGAGUUAACAUUUUCAAAGCACUUAGAAUAGUGUCUGAGACACAAGAGCUAUAUGUUAGAGGUUAUCAUCAUUAUUUGUAUUUUGUGAAUUAUGCUGCAAAAAAAAAAAAAAAUGUUGGCUACCCAACAUUCAUCCCCCACCUUCUUGCUGCCAGUGCCUUGAUUUGGUUGUUUGUUGUUUGUUUGUUUUCCUACAAGUGAUUUAGGGGCAGAUCCUGACUACACUAAGUCAGGGUUUGACAAAUGACAGUCCAUCAGACAGAUCUGGCCCACUACCCAUUUUUGUAUCCUGCAAGCUAAGAAUGAUUUUAUAUUUCUAAAUGGUUGAAAGAAUCAAAGAAUAUUGUGACACAUGAAAAUUAUAUGAUAUUCAAGUUUCAGUGUCCAUAAAUAAAGUUUUGAAAACAUGAAUACAAACAAAAAACACCUAUUUAUGUUUGACCUGUGGCUGUCUUUGCACUACCCCAGCAGGGUUGAGUAGUUGUAGCAGACACCACAUGCCCUUGAGCCUAAGAUCUAGCACUUUACAAAGUAAGUUUUUCUGUUACUUAGAGCUGAAAAUAAAAGUAAUGUAGAGUUACGCUUUUAUAAGUAUUUCAUGUUUCAGAAAUGAUGCAUGCAGCAAUUUGUAGGUGGGUGGUUUUUUGCAGUAUAUUUAUUUUGUGCAUUAUAUUUAUAUGUUAAGAGCCUGAGCUUAGAAGUAUUUUUUCAAAGAAAUGUGUUUUUUACUUGCUAAAUUGUCAUAACAUCAAAACAAGAAAUUUCUUGAUGGAAUGUAGCAGUAAACAUAUGAAAUAAAAAUUGUCUAAAUUAAA